AUAAGGAAGCUCCGUGUGAGUGCGAAGAUCAGAGGAGCUUUCUACAGUCAUCGAGCCCGAGAGAACGUGGCUUUGACUGCGCCUGCUUUGAGGUUUUGUUCUUUGUGGUGCCAUCACCGUCUUCUUACCCACACAGAGCGCGGAGCUGUUAAAGAGCCGCCGCUCUGUCAGGAGUCAGAAAAACAUCGGCUCAGGGAGAACGCUCUGCAAGGUCGCAAACAUGACGGAGAGUCCUGCAAACGCGACAUUCGGUGACUAUGACAACGGUACUGAGACAUAUAUCGAUGACGACGGCUUCUGCAUCAUGGAUCCUGACGCCAGUGAGGUCAUCACCCAGACUUUGAUCCACUCCAUCAUCUGCGGAUUCGGCCUGAUUGGCAACGUCCUGGUGAUGGUGACUUACAUCUUCUACAAGAGAACCAAGACCAUGACGGACGUCUACCUCUUCAACAUGGCCGUGGCCGACCUGAUCUUCGUUGCUACGCUUCCGUUCGUCAUAUACAACGAGCAGCACGAUUGGUCGAUGGGCAGGGUGGCCUGUAAGGUGCUUCGGUCGUCCUACAGCAUUAACCUCUACAGCGGCAUGCUGCUGCUCGCCUGCAUCAGCUGCGAUCGGUACAUCGCGAUUGUUCGGGCGACGCGCUCUUUUGGGACGCGCUCCCGUGCCCUCGUCUACAGCCGCCUGAUCUGCUCGGCGGUUUGGGUGUUUGCACUGGCGUUAACUCUCCCCACGCUCAUCUACACUGAACCCUCUGAAGAUAACUCCCCGGGGUCUGACCGCGUCACCGUGAUGUGUCAGAUGUCUUUCAACCAGACUGAAACUGCGGCGCUCGUGAAGCUGCUGGUACCCAGCCUCCAGAUGGCCGUUGGCUUCCUGCUGCCUCUGUGCGUGAUGGCGUUCUGCUACUCCUGCAUCAUCUACACGCUGCUGAGGGCGCAGAGCAACCAGCGGCACAAGGCCGUCCGGGUGGUGUUGGCGGUCGUUGCUGUGUUCAUUGUCUGCCAUCUUCCGUACAACGUGACCCUGCUGAUCCACAUGCUGUCUCUGUUCAAGCAGAGGAGCUGCGACGCCGAGAACCUUAAACUCAAAUUUCUCAACAUCUGCAGGACCGUCGCUUACCUGCACUGCUGUCUCAAUCCCUUCCUCUACGCCUUCGUCGGGGUCAAGUUCAGGAACCACUUCCGCCAGAUCAUGCUGGACCUCUGGUGCUUCAGCAAAAGGUACAUCUACACCGCUCGCUCGUCACGUGGCACGUCCGAGAUCUGCAUGUCAGGGCUGAAGUUGUCGGAAGGCUCCAACAACAUGUCGUCAUUCAGCGCUUAACACUUCAGCUAUAAAGGGAAAUCAGUCCGGCAUUCAUCGCUCUCAAGCUUUGCUGUGAAACUGUGCUUUAAUCAUAGAGACUGUGAGAUGUUCUCAUCUACUGCAUCCCGUUUAUAUGACACAAAACUGGACAUCAAGUCCAACAGCUGUCCUCAGAAACACAGGUGACCACAGCAGCUUAUUAUCCAUCAAACUAAAAACACAGCAGCAGAAUCUCACGCUUUGACUUCACGUAUUGUUCUUGUGAUUUAGAAGUAACUGUGUCGUGCAGGUUGCAACUGUACUCUUUGCUAAUGAAGUUUGAUGCUAUAAACCGCAUCUCUAACUGAACUAAACAUAAUGUAAUUUUUUUAACGGGCAGGUUUGGAUGUUUGGGACAUCGAGGUCGGUUUUCUGUGACAUGAACAUGUAAACACAUAAUCCUGCAAUCUGAGAAUGAAGCGCCCUGUUGGAAUAAUUUGGUAUUACAGUCGAGGUGUUUAUUCCUGUUCUCGUGUCACCAGCAGGAGCUUCUUUUUUGUGUAUGAUGAUUAAAUCUGCUGUUUUUAAAGAUAAGAAGCUAAACUUCUUCAUUUUCUGGAUCUUCCCAUAACUGUCACUUGAACCUCAUCUUCUUUUCUUGAAGCAUGCUGUACACCUGCCCUGCUGUUUUUAAUAUUUGGCAUUUUGUAGACCUGUGUUUUGUUUUGUUUUUGCAUUAUCUGAAUAAAACUGUAUGAAAAUAUCAGGGUUUUAAUCAAUAUUAACUAUUAAUUUAACUGGAUGUGCCAUAAGUUUGCAGACUAAAAUGUAUUUUUAAGAUAUUGUGUGCGUGGUUUCUCUGUGGAUAGAUAUCAUCGUACAGUUCUGAGUAUCAUGUCUGAGAGGAAGUGGGUAACCCGAGCAGAGCAGCGGGCCGAGCACGGGGCUCUGGGGAACACCACAGCUAAACUGGGCUUUGGAGAAACAGGAAGAUGGGAAAACUAGAUGUAGAUCAGAUUAACAGUGAAAAGAGAAGUGUGGCAGCAGAUUGUGACACCGUGUGCGGUUUCCAACAAUGACUUUCUCAGAUGUGCUGAUAAGCAGAGGUUUCACAGGCUACAGACACGAGCACAGAUAGUGUGCUCAAUAAUCCAGCUGUUUCAUGCUCCUGCAGCCUGCUGUGGAGGACAGGGACCUCUGCGCAGGUCAGACUUUUGGAAGCACACAUAAAACAUUUUAUUGAGCACUGAUGUGUGAGUUCAUGUUGUACCUCACAUGUCAUUGUUUGUGCCACGUAAAGGCCUCAGGAUAGGAAAUGAUACAUGAAGCUGUCAUUAAUGGAGAAAUUAUGAUCACUGGAGCAGGAAACUGUGUCUCUAAUACACUGAAUUAGUUUCAAUCAAACUCUGUGCUGGCGUUUGUAGUUCCUCUGCAAAGUUUCCGUAGAGAUAAAAAUCACUGAGGACAAAGCUGCCGUACUGACCAGAAAAAUGUGUAAAACCUUUAAAAAGUAUCACAAAGUGUUAGAUUGUGUGUUUGAACAGCUGUACCUCAGACAUAAAGCACUCUAUCAAACGCUGGCUGACCUAAAACUGAAACUCCAAACUGUGUCAGUCACUGCUCCAGAAACCUCUAUAACAACAAGAUCAGUCCACGCUUGAACAAUGGCAGCGCUCUGCUGGAAGCUGCUGCAUCAGCAUGAACUGUGAACACAUUACUACAGUACAGGCAAAUGUGCACUAGUAACACUGUUGAAUUAUUACUGUUAAAGUUUUACCCAUAGCUUCUCAAUCCUUACACGGUCACAUAACUACAUCCAGGCUUUGUUUGUUCGAUUCAGACAAAGGUGACUGCGUCUGUGUGACCUGUUAUGUGAAUACAGCUGUGUGGGAGCCACAAAAACCCUGAAUCUCAAAUAAAAGCUCAUAAAAAUAUUUCUACGACCAUCAAACAGGUGAAACAACAAACAAUUAAAAGAGCAUCAUUUCACCAACUGUAUGGAAACAAAAAACAACCGAAGCUCAGAUUUACUGGAGCGAACGUCACAAAUCAGACGACGCUUUCAUUACGCUCCGAACCGCAGACAUUUCACGUUCGAUAAACUACAACAUGAAGCGAUUCCACAAAACUGCUACGACCCUUCUGUGAAGCCUCCACCUUAGACACCAACACAGAGCCGUUCACAUCAAAUCGCCAUUUCCAGCCCAGUUAGAGAAUCGUAAAUUGUUGUAAAUUUUACAGCACGUUUUUCUCACCUUGCAACUUUUGACUUGUGGGACUGAUGUAAAUGUAGUGACGUCACUGUGAUUCUACUGUCAGACAUGCAAAUCAGCCAAUAGAAGCCGAAGUUCAGCCUAUUUAAUCAACUCUGGGGCACAACGUCAACCAUCCCAUCAUACUGAGAGUGUUGGUAAUUCUUCAAAAACUAUUCAAACAACAAACAUUUUUUAGGCCUGUAAAUAAAGUUCAAUCAUUUCUGCUGUUCAACAGAAAUUUCUACUCACAGAUGUGUCACAAUGUGGCCUGUGUCCUCAUUGAACCCACUGUGUAAUUUCUGUAUUUGCACAGAUGAUGCUCAUAUGUGGU